UUUCCAAAUUUAUUGUUUUUCGAGUGUUUCUUGAAUCUUGGAAGUUAAUGGAAUUCAAUUUCCAGUUUAAUAUAUAAUAUACAGCUGCCUUAAAUCUGCCUGCAUUAACAUUGCGCACGACGUUUCCCAACACAGGCUGCUAACAAUUUUUCCCACAGCUGUGCGGACGCAUUUAUCUGUCCCUGGAAAAUCGCACUGUGUUCUCUCGUUUGCUCGCAUUUUCCGUACCUCGCCAUUUAACAAGCAAGAAAAUCAGUCAUCCUCCAGAGCAGAGCCAUGUCCAGUAGCGAGGCGCCGGAUGCGCUGGUGGAGCAGGUCCGCGAGGUGACCGCUUGCUCCAUGGACGAGGCCAAAUAUUACUUGUCUGCCUGUGCCAACGAUGUGUCCGCCGCAGUGGCUCUGUUUUUUGAGCAGGCAGCGUCCACAUCCACGGCGGCGGGCUCCAGUGCUGGUGCUGCAGCUGAAUCGCUUCCACUAUUGGACGACGAGGAUGAGGUAAGGGCGCCAAUUGCCCCGGUCCGUGAGCAACUGAUCCUGCCCGAGGACGACAACUUUUUUGCGUCGGGCAGCAGUAGCCGGCUGUCGCGUGUCACACAGCGCGUCAAGGUUUAUCCCCUGCGGGACUUUGCCCGCGAGGGCGCUCUAAUGGAGGAGCAACUGCAGGCCACUGGCGUCUAUGCCGAUCCCAAUGCGCAUCGAGUCCGUCGCGGACGAGCCGCCCAGAUGGUGGUUGCCGGUCAGGCCAUGGCACUUAACAGGCGGUCGACAACCGGCACGGCCACCAGCACAUCCCGCCUCGGAGACCUGUUCCGCCCGCCCACGGACAUACUCUACUCCGGAUCGCUAACUGCUGCCAGAGAUUUUGCCACCAAGCGGCAGCGCUGGCUGCUGGUUAACGUGCAGGACGAUAACUUUCAGUCGCAGACCCUGAACCGCGAUGUCUGGUCGGACAAGGAGCUUAAGAAACUGAUACGGCGCCAGUUCACCUUCUGGCAGGUGGACAACGACACCUCGGAGGGACGCCGCUUCGUGGCCUUCUACCACUGCGCCACUCUGCCUUACCUGUGCGUGAUCGAUCCCCGUACAGGCGAGGAAGUUUGGCGCAGCGCAGAGCCGAAGCUGGAGAAUAUCCUUCCCGAUUUAAGGCAGUUUUUAAAGGAGCACCGUGACUUUAUUCAGGAGGAUGCCCCAAGCACCUCGAAGCGUUCGGCCACGUACAUCGAUGAUGACGACGAUAUUGAUCCAGAGGCUUCCUGCUCCUCGACAGCCAGUUCAAAGGGAACGCCCAAGAAACGCGCCAAGGUUCUGGAGUUAACUGAGGAGGAGCAGCUGGAGCUGGCUAUCAAGAAUUCCAUAAACGAAAACGGUGGCGCAAGUGGUGGCGGAGACGAAGGCAACCACAAAGAUAAUAGUCCCGAUGGAGCCAGCGAUAACGAGAGCCUGGAGGAGUUCGAUGACGAGGAGCUCAAGGGCGUAGCCGCCGCCUCCUACGAGAAUCAGUUGGGCGAGGCCAAGACUGAAUUGACUGCUCUGAAGCUGCGCCUGCUCAACGCCGCCGGAACAGAUGAGAUGGUUCAGCUGCGCUGGCCAUCGGACACCAAACUGCAAACUUUGAGGCUGUACAUCAGCCAAACGCACAAGCACAUCCCUCAGGACGGCUACAAGCUCAUUUGCGCCUUUCCGCGAAAAUUCCUGGAGGCGGAGCACAAUGAUAGCUCCCUGAAGGAACUCGGCCUGCAUCCGUCGGCCAAUCUGCAUCUCACAAACGCGGACGAUCAGUAAAAGUUUUCAUGUGCAUGUUUUAUUUAUUUGCAAAUUUCGUCAUCCCAAGAAAACCAUUGUCGUCCCGAAAACACUUUUAAAUUUCCAUUUGAAUAACAAAUUUUGUCCUAAAACUAAGUUAUGUUGAAUAAAUCAACUAGAAAUGCUAUUGUCAAGGCUUUUACACA